AGGAGGUGACGGCAAAUAAAGAACUUGGGAAUAUUAUCCAGAAGAGACAAAGUGAAGCAGAAGACAACAGUCCUGCAGUAGUAAAAAACCUAAGCUUGGAUAAGCACUCCCAAAAAAAGAGAAUGGGAAGUAUAGAACUGAGUAACAAGUGUUGUCAUCAAGGUUGUACCAUAAGAGAACUGGCAAGAGGAUGCUGA